AUGCCAUCCGCUACAAUGACGUUCACUGUGUCCGAAAAGACACGAGCAGUGGUUUCGAGCUACGAGGAACAUGUUGCAGGUGGUUUUGGACCGCUCCCGGUCGCCCUCGUACGGGCCCAGAAUGCAACAGCCUGGGAUGUCGAUGGCAAGCAGUAUCUCGAUUUUCUGAGUAUGUUCUCGGUGGUCAAUAUGGGGCAUGGACACCCGCGGAUUGUUUCGGCCGCAGUGAAGGCAGUGCAAGAAGCAGCUGUUGUUAACAUCGCCUUCCUCAAUCCUUUAUACGCCAAGCUUGCCACCAGAUUAUGGGAGAUAUUUGGCUACGACAAGUUUGUUGGCAUGACAAGUGGAGCCGAAGCCAUCGACGCUGCAGUGAAGAUAGCGCGCAAAUGGGCGUACUUCAAAAGGGGAAUUACCGACGGCACAGCACACAUCCUUACAGCUACCGCCUGCUAUCAUGGCCAGUCCAUGUCCACAGCGUCAAUGGCAAGCAAAAGGUCACCGUACUUCAAUCAGUAUCUUCCGAAUGUAGGGUCAACAUCGCCCAGUGGCGUUCUGGUUCGAUACGGGGUAAUCGAGGACCUGCGUAAAGCGCUCAACAAAGAUGCAGACAAGAUUGUAGCUUUCAUGAUCGAACCAAUCCAAGGCUCGGCCGGUAUUGUGGUUCCACCUCAAGGAUAUAUCGAGGAAGUUGCAGCUCUUUGUGCUCAACACAAUGUGCUAUUCAUCGCCGAUGAAAUACAGAGCGGCUUAGGCAGAACAGGAGCGAACCUCUGCCACCAGCGUAAUGGCGCUCGGGCAGACCUGGUGGUACUGGGCAAGGCCUUGUCAGGUGGUUUGUAUCCUGUAUCUGGAGUAAUGGGCAAUUCUGCGGUCAUGGACAUCGUCGGCCCUUUCGAGAUCGGCACAACGAUGGCAAACAACCCACCUGGAUGUGCUGCGGCUUUGGCCGCUUUGGAUGUGCUUCUCGAGGAGAGCUUGUCUGAACGUGCUAAUCGGCUCGGCAAGAUGCUUAUCGAUCGAUUGAAGUCUUACAAUUUGCCUCAUGUGCUCGAAUUCUCUGGGAGCGGACUGUUUUGGGCCGUCGUGAUCGAUCAAAAACCUCCCAAGAUUACCGGCCGGAGAAUUGCAGCUCUAUUGGCACACCGAGGGCUUCUGGCGAGCUGCACGGCUGUCGGAGACCGACUCCGACUCUGCCCACCUUUGACCAUCAGUGAGGAAGAGCUAAUGAAAGGCGCAGAGAUUGUUGCACGGGUAUUUGAUGAAGUCGAGCACACAGGGUAUAUCGCCGGAGAGCUCGUUGAAUCAGUCUAG